AUGGGACCUUCUAACAGUACUCAAUUCCAUCCUACUUCCUUUCUGCUACUGGGGAUUCCAGGACUGGAAGAUAUUCACAUCUGGAUUGGCUUCCCAUUUUGCACUGUAUAUUUGAUUGCUCUUAUAGGGAACGUGACUGUUCUGUUGGUGAUAAAGACAGAGAGGAGCCUCCACCAGCCCAUGUUCUACUUCUUAGCCAUGCUGGCUAUCAUUGACCUAGGCCUAUCCACUGCCACCAUUCCCAAGAUGUUGGGUAUAUUCUGGUUUAACCUGAGGGAGAUUCUGUUUGGUGCCUGUGUCACCCAGAUGUAUGCCAUACAUAUGUGCACUGGCCUAGAAUCUGUAGUGCUCACAGUCAUGGCCAUUGACCGCUUCGUGGCCAUCUGUAAGCCUCUAAGAUACACCAUGAUCCUCACUGACAAAGUGGUGGCCAAUUUGGGGAUAAUGAUCAUAAUGAGAUCUUUAGUUUUUGUAACACCAUUCAUAUUUCUUGUCCUGAGACUUCCAUUCUGUGGUGCCCGAAUCAUUCCUCACACUUAUUGUGAGCACAUGGGGCUAGCCCGUCUGGCCUGUACGAGUAUUAGAAUUAACAUCAUCUAUGGUCUUGUGGCUUUCUCUGUAGGCUACAUAGACCUUUUAGUGAUUGGCUUUUCCUACAUUCAGAUCCUAAGGGCUGUAUUCCGCCUCCCGUCUCACGAUGCAAGGAUCAAGGCUCUCAGCACCUGUGGUUCCCAUGUCUGUGUCAUGCUGGCCUUCUAUACUCCAGCCCUCUUUUCUUUUAUGACCCACCGCUUUGGCCACAACAUUCCUGGUUAUAUCCACAUCCUUCUUGCCAAUCUGUAUGUGGUUGUACCACCUGCCCUCAACCCUGUCAUCUAUGGAGUCAGGACAAAGCAGAUCCGAGAGAGAGUGCUCAGGAUACUCAAUCCCAAAGGUUCUUAACUCCCAGGAUCAGGAUGCUUUCUCUUCCCAUUCCAAACAUAGGGAUUGAGUGUUGGCUGCUCACAAUGGAGAUGAAACUUUUGUAGACAAUUGCAAUAGUCAAAUUUUUCCCUCUUUUUGUAUUCCUUUAAUCAGUACCUGCUUCCAUCAUACACAUACAUCAUUCUCUCCACACACAGCUCCAGUGCUCUGUUACGAUAAUUAUUUUCCAGAAGUGGAGAAGAGAGUGAUUUCAGAUUAUCUAGGGUAGUAAUGUCACACCACUGAACUAUACACAAGUAUCAUGACAGCUCAUAUUUGGACUUAGAAACCUAUGCAUAUUCAUAUUUUAAAAUUAUUUUCUGUUAAAUAUUACUCAAUUACAUUUUUAUCUGGUUCAGGCCACUGUCAGGACUAUUGUGGGGCUAAUACAGGCUAGAGACCACCUAUUUGAAACC